AUGAAGCUCUCUUUUCUGUUGCCCGCAACCAUCUACUCUGCACUCGCAGAAGCUGUUAUUCUCACGACAGCACCAGACUCAUAUACUAUUAAUGCUGAAUGUGCGAAUCCGUUAGAAGUUGUCGUGAGCCGGAAAAGUUGUGAUAUCACUUCUUUGAAGUACCGUGGCACUCAGACCCAGUACUCUAACACUGGAUCGCACAUAGGAUCCAGUCUAGGGACUGCUACUGUGACUGCUGAUGAAAUUACCAGCGGCUAUAUGAAAUAUGUGAAGAUAACGUGCGCGACUGAAACACUUACCCACUACUAUGUUAUCCGAGACGGAGAGAGUGCUAUUUAUAUGGCAACCUAUAUUUCCGCGCAGCCAAAGAUCGGAGAACUUCGAUUCAUCGCUCGUUUGAACGAGGGCGUUCUCCCGAACGACGACGUGAACCAGGCCUCGGAUGUCGGCGGUGCGACGAGCACUGUGGAAGGAAAGGAUGUUUUCGUGGUCGACGGUCAAACCCGGAGCAAAUUCUACUCGAGCCAGAGGUUCAUCGACGAUCAAGUUCACUGCAUGAGCGGAUCAGAUAUCAAGGCCUGCAUGGUCAUUCCAGGCAACUCGUAUGAGCUGUCUUCAGGUGGACCAUUCUUCCGCGAUAUCAACACAAACCCCACCGGAUCGUACAGCGGCCUUUACUUCUAUAUGAACUCGGGCCAUGCUCAAACAGAAGCCUAUCGAAUGGGACUGCACGGCCCAUACGCCCUAGUCUUCUCUCGAUCCGGCACCCCAAAUAAGAACAUGGACCUCUCCUUCAUGGGCGAUAUGGAGCUUGAAGGCUGGGUUGCUGCAUCCGACCGAGGCAAAGUCAGCGGUAAAGCUUCAGGCGUUGACGGAUCCAAAUUCGAAACCGUUUUGCACUGGUACAACGACGAGGCCCAGUACUGGGUCUACGCCGAUGGGUCCGGAAACUUCGAGUCCCCAGCCAUGCGCCCGGGUACCUACACCCAGGUUCUCUACCAAGGCGAGCUCAAGGUCGGGAACUGCUCCGUCGAGGUCACAGCCGGCGGCUCCGCCACUUCCGACAUCGCCUCGGACUUCACCACCGGCGUCACCCUCUUCCAGAUCGGAGACUGGGACGGACAGCCGGCCGGGUUCCGCAACGCAGACAAGCAACUCCGCAUGCACCCCAGCGACCAGCGCAUGGACCCGUGGGGACCUCUGACUUACACUGUCGGCUCAUCCGCUCUCACCGACUUCCCCAUGGCAGUUAUCAAGGGCCUCAACGACCCGACCACCAUCAAUUUCACGCUGACAGCCGAGGAAGCCAGCGGCGCUGCAACUUUGCGCAUCGGCACUACCCUCGCGUUCGCAGGUGGGCGUCCCAGCGUCGUGAUCAAUGGAAAGGCGGGCACUGCCCCUGGGGCACCGGUCGCUAUCGAUUCGCGCGGGUUCACGAGGGGCACGUACCGGGGACGUGGCGAGAUCUACGACUUUCCCAUCGAUUCUGAUGGACUAAUUGCUGGCGAAAACACGAUCACCAUCUCCGUGAUUUCGGGCUCCAGCGGCGCAACGUUCCUGGCGCCAAACUUCAUCUUCGAUUCGGUUCACCUCUUUCGCUAA